AUGGGGUUACAAGAGCCUGCUGGUAGCAGCUCCUCUCUCUCUGUGUCUAGCCCAGCUCCAAAUUCUAAACCAGCAGCCAAAGGAAAUGUCAUUGCCUGGCACGUCAUUGCAAAUGGACUAGGUCUCUCACUUGCAGAUUCACUGCACAUAGCAAUUUUGGCUUCUGUACUUUCUCUUAUCAUUUACUGGCUCAUCAGAGACAGCCACAGAGUGAGAAACCUGAGUGGAAAGCAUGUCUUCAUAACAGCCUGUGACACCGGACUUGGAAACUCACUGGCUAAAUGGCUUGACAAAAGGGGAUUUUGUGUCAUUGCCGCAUGUGCCACAGAAAAAGGAUGUGAAGAGCUACGGUCCUGCUCCUCACUCUCACUGAAGACAGUGAACCUGAACUUAGCUGACUCCAACAGCAUUGCCAGGGCUGUGGUACUUGUGACUGAAGAGAUGGCUGGCAAGGGGCUUUUUGGCUUGGUGAUCAAUGCUGAAGGAACAGCACCUGUAGCACCCACUGACUGGCUGAGGAUUGAAGACUUCCACUCAGUGCUGGAUGUUAGUCUGCUGGGAUCGAUUGAAAUCACGCUCAAGCUUCUGCCACUUCUGAAAAAAGCUGAGGGAAGAGUAGUCAAUCUAAUUAAUGCCAAAGGCCUCGCGGCUGUUGUAGGAGGUGGCUACAGCCUGUCCAAAUGGGGCAUGGAAGCUUUCUCUGACACCUUACGGAUAGAGAUGCAGCAUUUUGGAGUGAAAGUAAGCAUUGUUGAGCAUGGUUUCUUUAAGGCAGGAGUAGUUAAUUCAGAUGUCAUCGAGAAAUACCUCUUAAGACUUUGGAACAGACUGACUCCAGAGAUCAGGGACUCCUAUGGAGAAAAAUACUUUGUUGAAUAUAUAAAAGCUCAAAGAUCAUCAGUGAAAAGACUGUAUGACUCUGAUAUUUCUAAGAUCAUAAAAUGCGUGGAACAUGCCCUGAUAGCAAAGUACCCCAGGACACGAUAUGGAGCGGGAUGGGAUGCAAAGUUCUUUUGGCUGUUUCUCUCCUAUGCCCCAAGCUGUUUAUCUGACAUGCUGUUGUGUAUGACGUUUCCAGCUCCAGCAGCUCGUGGGAGAUCAGUUCCUGGAGUUCUAAUUAACAUUUAGUGUUAGACCAGCAUCUGCUGUGGGGAAGUAAAUAUUAAUCCUGUCAAAAUCAGACAUCCUCUUCUUUACCAGUUACUAGACUGCUUAGAUUCCUUUCAGAAGACACUUUCUCCAGCCCCCACCCCUCCUUACCUGGAAUUUCUGAGUUUGCAGAUAGGCUUGUAAAUCCAGCACAUUUCUGAAGGUCAGUUUUUUUAUGGUCAGAAAUUAUAUCUCUAGAGGAUCUGCAUUCAUAAAAUAUUCAGCUGCAAAGAUGGUUAAUACUACUCACCCAGUUUAAAAAAAUUAAAUAAGAAAAAAUCACUAAAAGAGUCAGUUUUUCAAGUAGACUUCAUCAACAUAUAGGCUGCUAGUGAACUUGAAAUAAAACGAUGGCCUUUCAGAACACAUAUCUUACACAUGUACCUUACAGAAUGCAUUUAGUCAGAUUUAGUAAUCUAUUUCAUGCGGGGUUUGCUCAUGGUCAUAUUCAGGAGCUGCUAAACUUCACCAUCUUCUGAACACAAGACAUGAAAUCAAAUAAUAACAAAGAUCAGCUACUGCAACAUAUUCCAAAAAUUACAAUUGCAGUAUUUGACCACAUCUAAUCACCUGACUAUUCAACUGUGUAGAGUUAAAACACAAGCUAUUUUACAGAUAUGCAGUUACAGGGAAAAUUAAAACUACAUUGUACUCUGUUACUAUGCAAAGAGAGUAUCCAAACUUAUAUUUUAACUUUCUUCCUAAUAUUAGUAUGGUUUAUGAGGAAAAUAUUAAAAACAAUAUGCACUCAUAUUUCUUUCAUCCUCAGUGUGCUUUGCAAGUUAAAAGGAUAGUUAUUUCGCUCAUUAGGUGAAACACGUCAUUAGCAUAUGCUAUGGCAAAUUAUUUCACCUGUAUAAAGAGCGUGUUCAGAAUGGCAAAACCUUAGUUCAGGUUACUGUGCCUCUUGUACAGUAUUUCUAUCUGUUAAGCUGCUGGCCAGAGGCUCACAAACUGGUGUUCCUACAGAUAUUAAAACUGAAGGGGUAAAGGUUUUAUUUGCUGAAGGGCCGUGCUGUUGAUUAAUCAUUAAUGUGCAAUUCAACUAAGCUUACAAAAACACUAUCUGCAGGUCAGAACUCCAAAUGUAAGAAAAGGAGUUUCAUCAUGCCGUGUGUGUAAGAGAGGGCAUGUGUGUGGUGUGUUUGUACAUGCUCAAGAAAGGGACAGAAUGUAAAAAGUGUUUAGUAACCUUUCGGUGUUUCAUUGAGGUUCUGUUCUCUGGCAAAUGGCUUCAAGAAUAAAUUAAAUUUUACUUCAUUUCAUGAUAAAUACCUGCAGAUAGUUCUCUCUAUCUGGCCUGACAGCUGUAAAGAGAAUGUGCAUGAAAACACUUAAUGGUAUAGUUUAUCAGCCCUUUAGUGACAGAUUACAGAGAGGUGCUGAAGUCUCUAAAAAUCAGCUGCCUUUGAAACAGAAUGAGUCCAGAAUUCAAGAAUCCAAGCAGGGAUUGUCCUCAUAAGGGAAAAAGAAUACACAUGAAAAAAACAAAGUUAGGACUAGAAUCUAAAGCUUCUGUUGAACAAAGUACCAAAAAUUAAAUUGUACAUCAUCAGAAGGAUACAUUGUGGUAUCACACUGAGAGGAAGAGGCCCAGUUGAAGCUGAGAAAUCCUUCACCGUCAGGUAUGUUAAACAAUCAAAUCUACAUACUACCUAUCCAUACAGCAUCCUAGGGAUGGUUUUAUUCCACAUCUGAAAAGUUACAAUUCUUAUAGGGGAAAAAGAAGUAUUACAUGGCUGACAUAUUAGCAGUUUUCUCCAAAACAGGUUCCAAAUCUUUCUGUUGAGAAAGACUAUUCACAAAACUGAUGCUACUUUUUCCUGUAGUAUGCAACUGGAGGUGAGUCUUGUGCAAAUGUUAGCCCUGCCUUCUCCCUUCAAAAAACAUUGUGAACUCUUUCCUUAAGAACAGCAAUCUGCCUUUCAAAGAAAUCCUUUCUAAUAGCCUUCCAGAUAUGUAUAUGCUGUGUCCCAGAUUCUAAGGGAUUUUCUACAUUAAAGCACUCAGAUAUGAAAGUUAAUUAAACUAAGGUUUUAAUUGCUUGUGUUCAUACUACCUUUAUAGUCAGUCUCUUAAAAUCAAGAGUUUUCUGUUAAAAGGGCCAGUUUAUUUAAUGUCUGUAAUGGGGUAGCUUUCACACUUAUGGUGGUACAACGUCAGUGAUGUUACAUCAAGAACUUUAGAAAGUUGUGUGAAGCAGUAAGCACUAUUCUUAUUUGACUGUAUCUAAAGCACUGUUGUUUUCAUCUCAGAGUGCCCUGAAGUCUCCACAAUUG